CGCACGUGGCUCUGCGUCCGCAGUCACAUGACUGGUAUUUCCCGAAGUCUUCUCCGUUGUUACGGUGCGAUAAAAAAAUCGCUGUAUUCGGCCGCAAAUCCGAAAAAGCAGCGCCGUCGGUUUAACAGAAGAGCGGAGCGUCGCGCAGACGAACAGCAGGAGUCCUAAAGCCGCCGUGAAGGAGCUGUUAGAGCCUCUCGGCUGCUGAAGAAGGAGAAGGAGGAAAGGGAGGAGGAGGCUCGUCCUGACGGUGUGGCUGUGUGUUUGGAUGCGGCGCAGCUCGAAAACAAGCCGAAGCGCAGCCGAGUAAAGCGGCAGACCAGGCUGCGGGGAAGAUUCGGGGUUAGUGUGAGCGGACAGGGGCUCUGCGGGUCUCAGCGCUUCAGUUCUGCGUGUUAAGCCAUCAGGCGGACGGGUUGGCCAGCCUCGCUAUCGCAGCUCUCAGAGCCUCCUCCACACUCGAAAUGUCCAAGUACACGAGUUUCCCGGAGCCCGGCGACGACCACAAUCCCUUCCAGGAUCCUUCAGUGACACAGCACAGCAGCAACACAGACUACCCCACUCUGGACCUGUACAACCCCUUCGACACCAGAGCACCAGGGCCUCCACCUCCUUAUGAGGCCACACCUCCAUCUGCACCACCCCCUGCUCAGACUCCGCCCAUCAGAACAACUCCUACAGAACCCAGAAAUUAUGGAUCCUAUGGCACGCAGCAGUCUGCGGUGAAUGCCACCACAGCGGAUCUCCUGAGGAAGCAGGAGGAGUUGGAGAGGAAAGCAAGGGAGUUAGAGAGGAGGGAGAGAGAGCUGGACUCUCACGCUCGCGGCACUGGAUCGUCUCGUCAGAAUAAUUGGCCUCCUUUGCCCUCUUUCUGUCCGGUGGGACCCUGCUUCUAUCAGGACAUUAAUGUGGAGAUCAACCAGAGAUUCCAGCGCACUGUCACCAUCAUGUACUAUUUCUGGAUGUUUUCAGCCGGUACUCUGAUCUUUAACUUAAUAUCCUGCCUGGCUUUGUUCUGUGUGGAUGUCCAAAACGGAGUGGGCCUUGGCCUGGCCAUCCUCUGGCUUGUCCUUUUUACCCCCUGCUCCUUUGUCUGUUGGUACAGGCCUGUGUACAAAGCCUUCAGGAGUGAUAGCUCUUUCAACUUCUUUGCAUUCUUCUUCAUCUUCUUUGCCCAAGUGAUCCUCUAUGUCCUCAUGACCAUUGGCAUCCCAGGCUGGGGCUUCAGCGGAUGGAUUGUGGGUCUUUAUGCACUAAAGAAGAAAGUGGCUGUAGGGGUGAUCAUGCUGCUGAAUGCUGUGCUCUUCACUGCCCAGGCAGCCAUGGGAGUGGUCAUGCUCAAGAAGGUCCACUCUCUGUACAGGCAAACUGGAGCAAGUUUCCAGAAGGCACAGGCUGAGUUUGCCACUGAGGUCUUUUCAAAUCAGGCUGUGCGCCAGGCAGCUGCAAACGCCACGGCCUCGGCAGCACAAGGGGCUUUCACCGGAGCCCGGUAGAGUGGAGGAUGAGGGUGGAGGGGGGGUGGGGUGCGGGGAAGAUGAGAAUGAAGCUGGAGGGCUUAAAACAAAAAAGUACAGCCAAUAGAGAGCAUUUAUUCCUACAGUCCAGCUCUGUUCCAGACAUUUAUGCACUUAGACGAAGCCCUACAUGACAUGUAAUAACAGGAUAAUGUACUAGCUAUCAUAGCUGUGCUGGACUCUUAACAGUUUGGUGUAGGUGCAGAUUUAGGAAUUCUCAACUCUGACAUCAAUGUGACUGAUAAAAUGGUUGAAAAAGGAGAGGAGAAAGUAACCAAGCACUUGUAUGUUGCCUUAAUGACAGAACAGUAAUUGGCCACACUGUUGUCGAGGCCUCCAAAUAAAGAAAGGGAGAAGAUACAAUCAAGUUUUAAUUAAUGGCCAUAAAGCAGUUACCUGGUCUAAGUAUUGUGAUGAAUACUCUUAUGGUGGUUUGAGUCAGGGCCGUUAAGCAGUAUGAAAAAAUGAAAGCAGAGAUGUUUAAAAGCUUAGGAGAAGAACAGCAUGUACUAUAGAAUCGUAAUUCCGCUUCGUGAUCACGCAGUCAAGGUGGAUGGCACCACCAAGGUCUGGAUCACGAGUUGUGAAAGAGCACCGAGUUUAAACCUGAGCUGCUGAGUGCACGCAAACACACACACGACUACUUGCAACAUCAAUAGAUCUACAAUAUGUAGUGUAGCUUAAUGCCUUCAAACUGCAGAUAAAGAAACAUGAAAUGUACAGUAAAGGACAGUGCAAAUAUGUAAAUAGGUAUAAAAAAAAGCCACAUUCUCUUAAGAUUGAACCAUCUUUUUCAAGGAAUUUCUUUGCUCUGUAACCUGCCAGAAUCUAAUCUUCACUUCUUCUGUGUUUAAAAAAAAAAAAAAAAAAAAAAUGGGCUGAUUUUUGGUCUUUUGUUCCAAGUCUUACACAAUGCAGCUUCUACAUGUACUUACUAAAGAGAAACAAUGGAACUGAACACUGUUGUCAUUAUGCCUUGCUCCUGGUACUGACAUUUAAAACUCCUAUUUGCCAAAUAUUUUGUGAAGCUGUGCCAGAUGUUGUGUGACAUUGAUUUUGAAUGGAUUUACCUUUUCAAAUUGCCUUGCAUAUAAGAUGCAUGUGACUGUUAACAGACCUCCAAUUGCCAACAUUAUAGGUGUUUUCAGACUCCAAAGAUGAAGCCUUAGAAGUUGUUUGCAAGAAGUACCAGUUCUUUACUUUCUGAGUAUAUACAAGAGUAAAAGGAAUUACUGUUUAACAGUAACCAGUUAGCAAAACUCCUAAAUGCUGUAAUCUUGAUUCGUUCCAAUGUAGCAUGAGUGGGACAGUUUAGACUGUUAGACCAGGAGCAAAUCAAACUGCCAACUGUCAUGUAGCCAGGCUACUGUUAUAUAUAAUAGGUUCAUAAAUACUAAUAUUUGCUGUCUUUCUUUAACUUUUACAGAGAAUGCCAACCUAAACUUUUGCGUAAUGCCAAAUGUAUAACUCCAAAUAAGUGUUAUUUUGGGGUGUUUUUGAUAUUGGUGCUGUAGGCUGUGUUCUUGUCGUGUUUGUCAAUGCAGUUAAUUUGUUUUAAUAAAAUUAAUGAAUAUGCCUCCAA